CACAACAUCAGGGAAGUAAACUGUUUUACUAAGCGGAGGCAAGGCAAGGGAAACGUUCUAAUGAAAGCCUCCUAAAGGACUUAGUCAUAGCGCAGUUAUGUCUUGGUCGGGUUACACAGGAUAGUAAUAGUUUUAUUAUGUUUAGUCGAGGUUUAACGUAAUUUCAGUUUUGUUAAAGUGCAGUUAUAGAGGAGGGAGAAGCAUUACGACAUCAACCUGAGCUUCCUGAACUGAAGUCGGACAAGGUAGCCUGAACCUCCGACCGCAGAGGCCGCCGAAGAAGGAAAACAAAACACAGCCACGGGAAGGGUUAACCAAUAACCAAACACAGUGAGCUAUUUGAUCAAAAACAAUCAGGAUACACUUAACGGACUUUCAGGAUGUCUCUGGCCGACCAGAGCCAGCAGUGGUUCCCUACGAGUGUCCAGGUAACGGUGCAUCAGGGUCGUAACUUGCGUACGAAGGGCAAGAAUGGCACCAACGACGCCUACGCCAUCAUCCAAGUGGCCAAAGACAAGUUCUCAACCUCCGUGGUCGAGAAAACUGUCGCUCCUGUUUGGAAAGAGGAGGCUUCAUUUGACCUGCCACUCUUCCACCCAGGAAAUGCUGAACGCUGCACUCUGCAUGUCGUAGUGAUGCACCGGGCUACAGUGGGACUGGAUAAGUUUCUGGGUCAGGCUGUGGUGAACCUGCUGGAUCUGUAUGACGACAAAACCCGAAAAAAGACAGAUUGGUUCAAACUGGUGGACAAAAGUGGAAAAGAGGACAAGGUGCGAGGGGAGGUGCUGCUGGAUCUCAUUUUCAUGAGAAACAACAUGUCAGCGAGCAUGUUUGACCUUUCAAUGAAGGAAAAACCACGCUCCCGCAUCUCCAAGCUGAAGGACAAAGUCCGAGGGAAGAAGAAGGAGGGUUUAUCUGACUCUGCUUCAGCUAUCGUUCCCUCUGUCAGCCAGGUCCUCACCGACAGUGAGGGAGAGCCUGAUGCGCAGUCACUCAAUCAGUUCCCAGGAACCAAAAAGAAAUCAAAGCUGAAAACACUCUUUGCGCCCAAAUCAAACCUGCAGCGUAACAUCUCACAGUCCAUGUCUACUCUGGGGACUCUUCCUGAGAAGAAUUCCUCCCCUAGUGGCAGCCGCUCGUCAGGGCUCAAUGUAGACUCUCCUGAAGGAAAAAGGAAAUUCAAAUUCCUGGGACACAAGCGAUCAGGCAGCUCUGACAGUAAGGUCUCACAGGGUCCUUUCUCCUUACUGGGUCGCAACAAGCAGAGCGCAAGUGACCAGAACAGCGUGUGCAUCAAUGGCAGCCAUUUUUACACUGAGGAAGAAUCUAAGAGUGGAUCUACUCUUAGUCUGAACAGCUCGGGCCAAGGAUCUGUGGAGGACGUCCGCAAACACACCUCUGAAGUCCCUGUAGACGCCUUUAGUGUUCCUGUGCCUUCCAUACAGGUAGAGUCCUCAGACAUGUCAAUGUUGGAGCAACAGCACCAUCUAGAGGAGGAGGAGAGAAGACAGGCAGAGGAGAAGCGCAUAGCAGAGGCCAAGAGGCAGGAGGAAGAGGAGAAGUACAGGGCAGCUGCCAAGAGGCUUCAGGAAGAAGAGGAGAGCAGAAUACAGUUAGAACAGGAGAUGAAGAGGCGCUACCUUGAGGAUGAAGCCAGGCGGAAGAAACAACAGGAAGAGGAAGCAGCGGAAAAACAGAGGCUCGAGGAGGAGUGGCGCAAAGCUGAGGAGCAGAAACGCCAGGAUGAGGCCUCCAUGAGCGACAGACUGUCCUCUCUGUUUGGAAUCAUCAAAAAGAAGGAAGAGAAGAAGGAGGAAGCGCCACCAUCUAUCAAAGAAGAGCUUCCGCCAACCCCUCUUUUCAACUCAAAAGACCCCGAUCCAACAGUCUCCAACCACUCCUCUAACCCGUUUGAGGACGUCUCCCUCAGCUCAGAUCCUCGAUUCAGCAGUAAUGAAAGUAAUCAGAAAUCCAGCUUCAACCCACAAGGCCCCUCUGCACUGGGCUUCCUCAACCGCACUGCUAAAGUGUCUGCAGUCAAACCCAGAUCAUCUCAGUCUGAGGAGUCUGAACCUGCUGACUCCCAAUCCCCCAGUCAGCCGAGUCAUUCCCCAGUCACCUCUGAGCCCACCCUCUUAGAGUCCCCUGAUAAUUUGCCCAACCUCCACUUGUCUUUGGCUCCAUCCAAUUCAAGUGAAAGCCCGCCUGGUUCCCCUCGUGGCAGCACAGAGGAUUUGUCCUCCGUGGGAUCUUCACCCACCAUGGCGGAUAGGAAGAAAAGAGCCCCUCUACCGCCCUCACAUCCUGUCAGAGAGAUCAGGAACCCUGCAUACGUGGAUGUAGAUAUGCCACAGAGCAACAAACCGACUCUACCGCUUCCUGAUUAUGAAACCCUUUUUCCUCAAAGGAGGCACGGAGUGCAAGGCCAGCCUAGAUGGGACAACAUAAUUGCAGAAGUCAAUCAUAGAAACAAAGACCCUGAACUAAUUGGUCCAGAGAUGAGCGUGGAUGGUCCAGAGGAGCCUGAACCCAGACUUAGGUCUUCAUACACACAAGAGAGUCCUGCUAUGACCUAUUAUCAACCACAUGCUCUGGAGACCAAACCUGUGUCUUCAAAAAAAGUAGCAGCCCCAGCUCCCCCUAAGUCGGUGGCCCCUACAUCCCCUCGAUCAGUGACAGAUCUUACUCUAGGACUAAGCCAGAAAAGUGCUCUCCAGCCCCCUGUGAGGUCUUAUCAAUCUCCAGUAACAGGACCUGCAAACACUGACGUUUCAAGCAGAGAAAGUCUCCCAGGAAGGUCUAGGGAUGAAGCAAAGAAGGUGUUGCGCCCAUCACCUGCAGCGUUGAAUGCAACCAGACCAACCAGCCAGACAGACUGGGACUCAACACCCCAAGACGAUCAAAGACAAACGCAAGUUGGUGCAAACAAAGAGCCACCCACAGCCAAACCCAGACAGAAAGCCAAUGGCAAAGAGCCAUCAAAGCAAGAAGAUUCUGCUUUGGCACCAGUCAUUUCUGACAAAGAUCUGAGCAGUAAGGUCCAAAGUAGUCUGGAUAUGAGCAGCACAGACAAAAGGCACUCAAAGGACAGCUUUGUUGAGUUUGACCCAUUUCCUAGUUCUGAGAUUCUCACCAAAGAUCCAUGGGCACAGCCGAAGCAAGACAAGGAAAAAGAUCCUUUUGCUGGCAGCGUCCAAAAAGGCCCAAAACUGGAAGAUCGAGGUAUGACUGCAUCGGAUCUAGAUGACAUUUUCAGUAAGGUGAAACCAGCAGAUCCAUUUGUUAGUUUAAAUGGCAGCAAUUCAAACGUGGAAAAAGAUGAAGUCGAUCUUUCUUUUCUAAGAAGGAACUCCAGCAGAAAAAAGCAGCCUCCACAACCUACACCUUAUCUGGAUAAAAACAAGUCCAAAUCUCCACAAGCACCUGUACGUAACGAUGAAACAAGCACAACAGCAAAUGGAGGCCUCGCCGCAAAAGAUGAGUCGGUCACACCAAAGCUUCAAGCUGUUGUGAAAACACCGAGCUCUCUUUACAGAGGAGAGGAUGCAUUUGGAGCUGAACCUUUUAACCUAACCUCCUCACAGCCCCUCCCUGUAGUCAUGGAGGAACCUUCGUCUAAGACAGGAGGUGUUUCAGGGGAAAAAGCAUCAGGGAAAGCGUGGGUCUCGCCCUCUGAGACUCAGCCUGUCAGUGCUCAGAAUAGCAAUGGAGGUGGGCUAGCCUUGUCUGCACGCAGGCCUCAUCCUGUGAAGCCCAUGAGCUCAGCUGACCCCUUCGGCAGCCCUGCUGGGAAAGAGAUAAAAGCCCGAGACAGCACACCAGGGAAAAACCAGGUCGGAGACUCUGUAGAAACCGGACCUUACACCCAGCUGACACAGGAGGAGUUGAUCACACUGGUGGUGAGGCAGCAGACCGACCUCUCCAGGAAGGACUCCAAGAUCGUAGAGCUGGAGGAGUACAUCGACAACCUGCUGGUCCGCGUCAUCGAAGAGAAACCCACGAUCUUGAACUCUCUCAACUCUGCAAAACCAGUGUGAGGAAGACAGUCCCACCUCAGCACGCGGUCGUGUACGUGUGCGAUGGUACUGGUGCCACUGUGUGCUGAAAGAUCUCUAUGAAGGUCUCAGAGUAAAAGCACUUUUUUUAAUCUUCAAAGUCAGACUGGUUUGAGUAUGCUGGGAGAGUUCCUGAUAGAAAUAUAAGUUGUAGCGAUUACUUAAUAACAAGCAAUGUAUAAGCCGUUGAAUAUAUUUGUUUUGACACUAAGGUACUGGAACUUUUCUAAAAACAAAACAUUAUGCAAAGAUAUAUUCAACAUCUUGAUUUGUAUACCAUACUUGUUAAACUUUUAGCUUUAUUUAAUGAACCAAUAAUGCAGAGGAAAUAUUUGUUAUUUAAAACGACUCCCAAGCCUUUCUCACCCUUAAUAUUGUAACAUUUCUAUGUGAUACAUGAUCACUAACAUAGCCUUAAAAACCAUUCCAAAAUCAUGCAUCACUUAAUGAUGGUAAGAAUUUUGCAUUUCUCUAAUAUAAACAUUGUAUUUCAAUUCACUUGUACAGCAUGUCUGCAGGCUAACGCUAUUAAUAAUGACCUUAAGAGCUGAAAACGUAAAGAUUCUUUAUGUAAUAAGUGACUUAUCCUUCGCCCUCUGAAGUCUUAUUUUUUCAUGUUCCUUCUUAAGCCUAAAUACAGGCGUGUAUUACUCCUAACGGCUAAUUAUAUUCCCACUGUUUCACUCACCACAGAUGAAUGUCUACUUGUCCAGUCCUUAAAACUGUUAUAUUGUGCCUAUUACUACAUUAAGCAGUUAUUCUUUAGAGAACCAGCAAUAUAAAAUGCAAGCAGCUACUAUGUACUGUACACAGCAGCAACACUAGAUGUUCUUCCAUGAGGUUGAUAUGUAGCUCGUGCACAUCCUUUGAAAUGUUAUGCAGGUAAAAUAGAGGAUCAAACUCUUCUGAUAAUAAUGUAAGAUGUUUUGAUCCCUGUGAUUUUUGUGUUGUAUUUAUAGAAUAAAACCAAGAGAUAAUCAAUGAUUAAUAAUCAAAGAAUCGAUAAUAGACCCUGUGUCUGUCGUUACAAACCAGCCUUGUCUUUAUAUUUAAGCCACACUAAUGAGUGAACCCUGCAUCUAUGCCUUUGUAUUAUUUUAUUAUGUCUCAGCAAAAACUAUAGCAAGCAGUACUCUCCAGAAUGUACAUACCUGUGCCUUCCUUACCUUUUUCAUGACUUUUCUGUCUGAUCUGCUGAAUGUACAGUCGUUGGCUACCUCUCUUCUUUUCCCAGAGUGAGCGCUCACAGGAAGUGCAUCCUGAUAUAUUGUAGUGUAUUUGUCUUACAUGAAAGUAACACUACAGUUCAUGUAUAAGCUUCAGAAAGAAGUGAUGCUGAGCAGAAAUGUGGUUUAUUUGAAAUAAAGACACUAAUUGUAUAA